AUGCGUUUCUCCAGCAUCAUCUUCUCUGUCCUCUCCCUCGUUGCCUUCUCCCAGGCCGCUGAGUGCCCUGCCGGAACCCAGCCCAACUGCUGCCAGAACAUCAACGAGAACAAAGUCGGCUACUACUGUGCUGAGCCAGGUGCUACCUACUGCCAGGAGCCCGGCCAGGCUCUCAUCCCAGUCUGCUGCAAGAGCUACAGCAACACUCCACGCGGCUACACUGGCCUCGAAUGCACCAAACUUUGA